CCUCUUUUCUGCAUUGUAAUGUUAACCCUGCAGAAACAAUUAUAAAAUCUACAUGGAGAAAUUAAUUUGGUUGAAUGACGGAUCACUUACUUAGUGGCAUUCCAACCACGUUGUUAUGUAAUACAAACCAUGAACCAGUCCACGUGGAUUGAGUGGAAGACUCUGAAUAUGAGCAGUAGCAUUGUGAAUGUAUCUGAGCAUCACUCCUGUCCAUUUGGAUUUGGACACUACAAUGCCAUUGACAUCUGCAUCCUUGAGACUAUUAUUAUUGUCUUACUAACAUUUUUAAUUAUUGCUGGUAACUUAACAGUAAUUUUUGUUUUUCACUGUGCUCCACUGUUGCAUCAUUACACCACCAGCUACUUCAUUCAGACUAUGGCAUAUGCUGACCUUUUUGUUGGAGUUAGCUGCUUGGUUCCUACCUUAUCAUUGCUUCACUACUCUACGGGUAUCCAUGAAUCCUUGACUUGUCAAGUUUUUGGAUAUGUUAUCUCUGUACUGAAAAGUGUUUCUAUGGCUUGCCUUGCUUUCAUUAGUGUGGAUCGCUAUCUUGCUAUCACAAAACCACUCUCCUACAACCAGUUGGUCACACCUUGCCGAUUGAGAAUUUGCAUCAUUUUGAUUUGGCUUUACUCCUGCCUUAUCUUCUUGCCUUCCUUUUUUGGUUGGGGAAAGCCCGGUUAUCAUGGUGACAUUUUUGAAUGGUGUGCAACUUCUUGGCUCACCAAUGUUUAUUUUACUGGCUUUAUUGUGUGCUUAUUGUAUGCUCCAGCUGCCUUCAUAAUCUGUUUUACGUACUUUCACAUAUUCAAAAUCUGCCGGCAGCACACCAAAGAGAUAAAUGACAGGAGAACUCGUUUUCCUAGUCAUGAAGUGGAUACUGCUGCUGAAACUGGGCAUGGUCCAGAUCGCCGCUAUGCUAUGGUUUUAUUUCGUAUAACCAGUGUGUUUUAUGUGCUCUGGCUCCCCUACAUCAUAUACUUUAUGCUAGAGAGUUCUAGGGUGCUGGAAAAUCCAGCACUCUCUUUCUUAACAACAUGGCUUGCUAUAAGCAAUAGUUUUUGUAACUGUGUGAUAUAUAGCCUCUCAAAUAGUGUUUUCAGGCUGGGACUUUGGAGAUUGUCCGAGACUAUAUGUUCAUCUUGUAUACGUAAAAAAGACAGUAUUGUUCAAGAACCAGUUCCUAGAAAACGGGCUAAUUCCUGCUCCAUCUAAGGAGAGCUAAGACGGUCAAUCAAAUGCAAUCUAACAUAGUGGGCUAGUUUGUAUUUCAUACUUUGGAAUAUUGCAGAAUAAAAUGAAACAAAUAUUCACUGUAAAAUUUAUUGGUUGAAAGGUGACGUGAAUGAAAACAUGUUGCUUUAAGUAUGGGUUCUGG